ACUGACAGCCAAAGGGAAGGCUACCUACGUUUGGGGCUUUAAGCGGCUCGGGGAGCGGGGGAAGCGUCCGCCAAUUGGGAGGUGCUGACGGGAGUCCGGGAGAUUCGGAUCUCCAGGUUGAUUCAGUGAGUAACCGAGAAAUAAAGGAAGACUUCGAGAGCCCUAAAAGCUGGGAAUAGUUACGAGAGGCACUUGCAGGUUAGACACACGGCGGAUGAAUAAUAGGGGAUUGUGUCGAACGGGGGAUCAUGAAUAAAGAGAAAUAAUCGAGGGCUCGGAGAGAAAAGCCCCGUGGAAUCCCGAUGGGCUUCUGUUGAGGGCAUUACAUUGCCUGCAGUUCAAUCCAGCCUUACCUCCAGUCCAGAAGCUCAAAACCAGCCAACCUAGCAUUGCACCCUCCUCCCGCUUUAUCCUCACCCCCAACCCUGGAGAGUAGGUUUAGCGAGUUGGACUAAUUCGGAGCGAUCAAUAUAUUUCAUGGCGGGAAUUGAACCUGUCUCUUGCUGGCUCCUUCAUUCAGUAUAGGGGUGUGUGUGGAAGGGGCUGGUGAACACCGCUUUAAACGGAAUCGGUGGUCGCAGCUUUCCCGAGAAAGCAGAAUACAGCUAAAAGCCCUGUAAGUAAAGGGAAGAGAAGAGAAGAGAAGAGAAGAGAAGAGAAGAGAAGAGAAGAGAAGAGAAGAGAAGAGAAGAGAAGAGAAGAGAAGGACUGACUUCCACCCAGAAAGCAAGCAUCUUAUUUAACAGUAACAGAGUUGGAAGGGACCUUGGAGGUCAUCUAGUCCUACCCCCCUGCUCACACAGGAGACCUGUACUAGGGAUUCGAACCAACAAACAAUCGAUAAGCUCAGCCACUGAGCCACCUAGUCAGGCUAGUCCAACCCCCUGCCUAGUAGACCCUAUACCAUUUUUGACAAAUGGCAGUCCAGUCUCUUCUUGAAAACUUCCAGUGAUUUGACCUACUGGAAGGGACCAAGGGACAUGCUGGAGCCCCCACCCAUACAGACUGACCUUAGCAUGUCUGCCGGCAGUUGGAGUUUUGCAGAUCGAUGUGUGUCUGUGCUGUUCUGCAAGUUCUGCCAACAGGUGCUUAGUUCGCGGGGCAUGAAAGCUGUGCUUCUGGCUGACACAGAGACCUAUCUCUAUUCCACAGACAUGCCUCCCACCAGUACAGUUGACUUCAUUGGAAACUGUUAUUACACUGAAAUGUGCAAAUGUAAACUGAUGAAUGUUGCUUGUUUGAAAUGCGGUAAUGUUGUAGGCUACCAUGUGAUUGCUCCAUGCAAACCUUGCUUGUUCUCUUGCAACAAUGGACACUUCUGGAUGUUUCACAGUAAAGCCGUUUUUGGAAUUGACAGAUUUGAUUCAUCUGGUACAGAUUUCUUGCUCUGGGGCAACUUACCAGAUUUACAUGAAAGCACUGAUGAAGAUGUAUCCAGCACCUCUGAGGAGGAAUAUAUCAGAUAAAUAUUAUCUGCACUGCACUGCACCACAUGGUGUGUUUCUUGUAUUCACAAGAAGUAUAAUGCAUUGAUCCCAGGAAGACAGUACAAAAGGAAGGAAAAAAACGUUCAAAGGCUGAUACCUGUCAUAGAAAACUAUCUGAUCUAGUAAGCAUCCUGCUACAUAAUGAGACUAAUAUGUAAAGAUGAAAAUGCAGUUCUUGUUCACUUUCUAAAAAAGACAAAAUCCAUGUAUAUGCAUAUUUGGCUUCUGGAGUCACUUGAUUUUACCUGUUUCCAAAUUAUGACAAACAAAAUCAAAUAAGUUCCACACCCCUAUCAAUUAUUGUUACAUUACGAUAGAUCUAAUAGCUAUAUAAGAAAAUAAAUCCUGUAGUGCU